AUUAAGAUAGUUUUAGCUCUGCAAUGAUUAAAUUAAUUUCAGAAAAAUGACGGCUUCGUUAGGAGAAACUCAACCAGAGGAGGUAGAGAACUGUUUACCCACCCGCGUUGUUCUACCUGAAGAAGAACUAAGCCUCCAACAGUUACAACAGUUGUGGACAGAGCAGGAUUUAUAUAUAAAUUAUCUUGAAGAGAAACUAAACAGUUCCACAAAGGAUGUUGAUGAGAAGAUUAAGGUUGAGAGUUCAAGACGAGAACAUCUCCUGGUGAUGAGACUAACUGCUAAGGAACAUGAAAUACAGGAGUUAGCUGCACAAGUAGCUGAACUUAAAUCCUCACAGCUCCCAACCACAGCUGCUCUCAGGAGCACACUAUUGGACCCUGCAGUAAACCUCAUCAUUCAGAAACUCACAAAAGAAUGCGAGAGCCUUAAAAAACUGGCUGAGGAUAAGCAGAACGAGUUGGCCGCCUGGAAAUUCACUUCGGAUUCAGCUACGGGCAAACGUCUAAUGGCUAAAUGCAGACAAUUAUAUCAGGAAAACGAGGAUCUAGGAAAAAUGAUCUCAAGUGGAAGACUAGCAAAGCUCGAAGGAGAACUAGCUCUGCAAAAGAAUCUGUCUGAGCAGAUGAAGCAGAACCAGCUCGAGUUACAUCAUCAGAUGGACGAUUUUAUGAGUGAAUUGGACGAGGAUGUUGAAGGUAUGCAGAGUACAAUUCUUCUUCUUCAGCAGCAGCUAAGGGAAGCAAAGGAUGAGAUAUCCAGACUGUCCUCUAAGGACACAAACAAAGACGACCUUAAGGACACUAAUCUUAAGACGGAGUGCCAGGAACAGGACGACACUAAUGACGUGAAGGAUGAGGAGGACGAGGAGAUGGAACAGGAUGAAGAGAAUAAAGAUAUGUUGGAGGACUCAGAUGAUGACAGAGAAACCAUUCCGGAUGAAUCAAGUCUAAAAAGGAAGAGUGUGGAGGAGAGCGAGGAGAGGGAGGAAAGGGAGGAGAAGGUUGAGAAGGAGAAGAAGGAUGAAAAGGAUGAAAAGGAUGAAAAGGAUGAGAAGGAUGAGACCAAGGAGAGCAUAGAUGAAAUGCUUAAGGAGGAGAAUGAGACAGGGGAGAAUGUGGAAGAUAAAAAAGAUGAAGAGUAUGAAAGUGAAACAAAGAAAAGACGGAUUUCAGACACUGAAGAGAGCUGUGAUACUUAACCACCACUACCAUUUAUUUAAAUCAAUUAAUGAAUUUUUCAGAAAAAAAAAAUCAGUUUUGUUAUUAACUAAAUGUUUCAGAA